AUGGGCAAGGCGAAGGGCUCCGGUGCGGCCCAGCAAUACGAGAAGCAUCCAUUCCAGCUCUCGGUGGAGCAACUGGCCUCUGCACUUAACACCAACACUGAGCAGGGCCUAAGCCCGGCGGCAGCAAAGGAAGCCCAGAGGAAGUAUGGAGAGAAUAUGCUCUCCGGCCAGGAGGGCGUCAAGUGGUACUCCGUCCUCUUAAAACAAAUCAGCAAUGCCAUGAUCUUGGUCUUGGUGCUAGCAAUGGCACUCUCAUACGGCGUCCAGGAUUGGGUUGAGGGCGGCGUUAUCACCGCCGUCAUCAUACUUAACAUCUCGAUCGGAUUCUACCAGGAGUUCCAGGCCGAGAAGAAGAUGGACUCACUCCGAGCGCUAUCUUCACCAACAGCUACUGUUCUUCGUGGCGGUAACAUUGAUUCCAUUGCCUCGGCGGAGGUGGUUCCAGGAGACGUCGUCCUGUUCAAGACCGGAGAUACUAUUCCUGCAGAUGUGCGCCUUUUCGAGUCCAUGAAUCUGGAGUGCGAUGAGAAGAUUUUGACGGGCGAGGCUCAGCCUGUUGCUAAGAUCCCAGAUCAAGACUUUUCUGGCCACAACGAACUCGAAACCGGUGUCGGUGAUCGGCUGAAUAUGGUCUAUUCAUCUACAACGGUUACGAAAGGUCGCGGACGAGGGAUUUGCGUUUUCACCGGCAUGCACACGGAAAUCGGUCGUAUCGCAGAAUCAAUGCAAGGCAAGACUCGAAAGCCAAACCGGUCGAUGUCACGCAAGUACGGCAGAACUCAACCAGUCAAAGGAGCGUUGCUUCGAUCCUGGGACGCAGUCGGCAAAUUCUUGGGCUUGACGGAAGGCACGCCUCUCCAGAUCAAGCUUUCGAAGCUGGCUUACAUGCUAUUCGGAUUUGCCAUUAUUCUAGCCAUCAUCGUCUUUGGCGUAAAUCGGUUCAACAUCACCACCGAAGUUGCGGUGUACGCUAUCAGCACAGGUAUCGCCAUGAUCCCCGAGUCCCUUAUCGCCGUCCUUACCAUCACGUUCGUCACCGGCAUGACGUCUAUGCGCAAACGCAAAGUGCUCACGCGAAAGCUGAGUGCUCUCGAAGCCCUCGGCGGUAUCACCAACAUUUGCUCCGACAAGACCGGUACAUUGACGCAAGGACAAAUGGUCACAAGGAAGGCUUGGAUUCCGGGUGUCGGUAUCUACUCGGUCAACAACUCAGACGAGGCUGCCAACCCCACCCAAGGUACAAUCAGUCUUGGUGUUGCUAAGACUAAAGAGGAGGUGGCCGCUGAAAGAGAGGCAAGAAAAGAGGAACUCGAUAAGCUUCGAAGCGCGGCUGCUCUCAAGUUCGAAGAGCCCGUGGAGAAGACUCAACGUGACCAGAACAGGCGGACCGAACAAGACUUUGACGACGAGAAGACUCUGGGAGGCAGUGAAGAAGGAAACGCUCCCGAAGUUACCCCCGAGCUCGAAGCUUUCCUCCAUUCCGCUGCUCUCUGCAAUUUGGCUACCGUCCGGUAUAACGAACAAGAGAGGAAAUGGCAGACCACUGGUGAUCCAACCGAAGUUGCGCUGCAGGUCUUUGCUCACCGCUUCGGCAUGGGCAAGGCUCCACUCGAGAGAGAGCAAGGAUGGAAGCAGCUUGCUGAGUAUCCAUUCGACAGCACCGUGAAGCGUAUGUCCGUCGCCUACAAGGUUCCGAGUGAUGGCUCAACUCUCAUCUUCGUCAAAGGCGCCGUUGAACGAAUCAUCGACUUGUGCCCAAGGGUCGGUGUAGGCAAGCACGAGCUAGAUAUGACGGAAGAGGUCAAGCAAUCAAUCAACGAACAGAUGACCGUCCUUGCCGAUCAAGGAUUGCGUGUGCUCGCUAUUGCGCGCAAAACGUGGACAGGUCAAGACAUCACCGAGAAGACGGAGAUCCCUCGCGACGAAAUCGAGAGUGAUCUGACCCUCCUGGGACUUGCCGGGCUCUACGAUCCACCACGCCUCGAGACUAAGGGAGCCGUUCGUGAAUGUACCAACGCCGGUAUCCGUGUGCAUAUGCUUACCGGCGACCACCCUGGCACUGCGUCGGCCAUUGCCAAGGAGGUCGGAAUCAUUCCCAAAGACUUCAGCAUCCUUCCAAAGGAGGUUGGUGACUCGCUCGUCAGGACCGCUGCGGAAUUCGAUGGAAUGACGGACGAACAAAUCGAUCAGAUGCCGGAACUCCCGCUGGUCAUCGCCAGGUGCGCACCGCACACCAAGACGCGCAUGAUCGCCGCUCUUCAUCGCCGCCAACGCUACGCAGCCAUGACCGGUGACGGAGUGAAUGACGGGCCGUCUCUUCAAGCAGCCGACGUCGGCAUCGCUAUGGGCCUUGCCGGCUCCGACGUAGCCAAGGGAGCCUCCGACAUCGUGCUCACAGACGAUAACUUCGCGUCGAUCGUAAACGCUAUUGAAGAGGGACGACGGAUGUUUGACAACAUCCAACGCUUUGUACUCCAUCUCCUGACAUCCAACGUGGGGGAAGUUAUCCUCCUCAUCUGCGGUCUCGGCUUCCAAGACGUCAAUGGAUUCUCCGUCUUUCCGUUGUCCCCGCUCCAAAUCCUGUGGAUCAACAUGGUUACCUCAGGGUUUCCUGCGUUCGGCUUGGGGCGUGAGAAAGCCAGCUACAAUAUCAUGACACGUCCACCGCACGACAACAAGAAAGGCGUUUUCACGUGGCAGAUCAUCACAGACAUGAUCGUGUAUGGCAUGAUCAUGGGCAUCUUGACGCUGGUAACCUUCAUCAUUAUCGUCUACGGCCCCGGCGACGGCCAGCUGGGCGAGGACUGCAAUUCACAUUGGAGCGAGGGCUGCGACACCGUCUAUCGCGCCCGCUCGGCUGUCUUCGCGGAACUCACAUGGCUCAUUUUGAUCUCCGCGUGGGAGUUCAAGUCCAUCCGCCGCAGCAUGUUCAGGCUUGACCCGUACAGCGAGAGCAGGUUCCCCUUCUUCAAGGACAUCUAUGAGAACAAAUUCCUCUUCUGGUCCGUCGUCCUGGGCUCCCUCGUCGUGUUCCCCUGCAUCUACAUCCCCGGCUUCAACACCACCGUCUUUCGCCAGACGAGCAUCACGUGGGAGUGGGCCCUCUCAGUGGGUGGGGUAGUCAUCUUUGUGCUGGGCAUCGAGCUGUGGAAGCUCAUCAAGCGCAAGACUGGAUGGUUUGCGGAGGGUGAUGAGGACAAGGUUGACGGAGAUAAAAGAAGGAGCAUGGGGCUGAGUUUAAGGCAGGGCUUCUUCACCAUGUCGCGCCCUACCAGCCUGGCGAAGAAUGACAGCGGAAGCAGGAGCAUGGAGAAGAAGGAUAGCGGCCAGAGUGGCAAUAGCAGCGGAGUGGGUGGCUUGAGAAUGCCGGGCACGCAUCAGGUUGUGUAA